AUGCGGUUGGCGGGGGCAGCGCUGCUGCUGUGCGCCGCGGCGGCGGCCGGGGCACCGGGACCCGCACCGGUACCGGGACCCGCAGCGGGGCGAGCCGGGGCCGAGCGGCGGGCGGCGGGCAAGGAGCGUCGGGCUCAGUUCGCCUCCUGGGACGAGGUGAACGUGAUCGCCCACGGGCUGCUGCAGCUCGGGCACGGCCUGAAGGAACACGUGGACCGCACCAAGGGGCAGAUGCGGGAGCUCGGCAGCCGCCUCAGCGCCCACAACACCUCCCUGGGGCGGCUGCUGCGGCAGGCGCGGGAGGCGCAGGAGCGGGGACAGCGGCUGCGGGACAGCGUGCGGGAGCUGGAGGGCCGCGGCCGGCAGCUCCUCAACCUCUCCGAGGCUCUGCAGCAGCGCCUGGAGGAGGUGGCGGCCGACAAAGCCGAGAUCCAGGGCCGGCUGGAGCAGCUGGAGGGCCGUGUCCGGCAGGCGCUGCAGGCGAGGCCGGCCGGGAACCAGAGCUCCAGGGACCUGGGAACGCUGCAGUCUCUAAUGGAUGCCCAGAACCUGCGAAUCGAGGAGCUCUUGCAGAAGAUCAAGCAGCAGCAGUACAAGCUGGACAAGCAGAACCUACAGAUAAAAAGCCUGCAGAGCAAGGUCAAUCUACUCAUCCCCUUACACCUGAAGGACAACAAAACACAGUCUCCAAAAUGGAAGAUAAACCUGAAGAAGAGCUUCAGCCACACCAACCAGAGCCAGAAUGCCAGUGAGGAGUCCGUGGUGAUGCAAAAGCUCCCAGAGGAUUGCCACCAGCUCUUCCUGGCCGGGCAGCAAAGCAGUGGUGUUUUCCAGGUGCAGCCUGCAGGGUCCCAGCCCUUCAAAGUCUACUGUGACAUGAGCACAGAAGGUGGCUGGACAGUGAUCCAGAGACGCAGAGAUGGCUCUGUGGACUUCGACCAGCUCUGGGAUGCCUACAAGAAUGGCUUUGGAGACCUUCAGGGUGACUUCUGGCUGGGUCUAGAGAAGAUACAUCACCUCGUCCAAGAGGGAAGAUAUGAUCUCCUGAUCGAACUGGAAGACUGGGAAGGAAAUUCCCAGGUGGUUCAGUUUGUCUUCAGCCUUGGUGGUGAGAGCACAGCCUACACACUCAGCCUGCUGGGACCUCUGUCUGGAGAGCUGGAAAAUGCCAUUGGGGACUUCAGGCAGCUCCCCUUCUCCACUCGGGAUCGUGACCACGACCUCAAAGCUGACACAAACUGUGCCAAACACCUCUCAGGUGGCUGGUGGUUCAGCACCUGCGGCCACGCCAACCUCAACGGGAAGUAUUUCCGCUCCAUCCCCCGCCAGAGGCAUGAGCGUAAGCAGGGAAUCUUCUGGAAGACAUGGAAAGGCAGGUACUACCCCCUGAAGUCAACCACCAUGAAAAUCCAACCUGCAGCAGUGGAAAGGGAGCGUUAAAGCUGUCACUGGAGACUCGAACUUCCCCGUGGAGCUCAGACCCGAGGUGCUCCGUCACUUGGUGUUUACAGAAAACGAACCCAACCUCCCCAGGAAGCCCUCUGAGGAGUGGUCCUCUUGGUUAGCAGCCCUUGAGUGGCAUGACCCAACUCCUGGCAAGAAGUCGAAGAGCUCCGUGUUGCUGACAGCCCUGGAUGGGAGCUCCCAAAGCAGAAGAGGAGCCCCCAGCAGGGAUGCUCCACCUCCAAGGGGCUUCCAACCUGCCACUUGCUGCUGUGCCACGUUCUGAGUUGUCUGGUGCUUUCUGUCCUGUCUGAAGACUUUUGUGAUGGUUUUGGUGAGCUGGGGCUGAGGGAAGGGGAGCACGUGAAGUCUUUUACUUCCCUGGACCCAAGGGUUGGGUGUGGAGCCUUGCUGUGUCCUGCUGUUCCCAGGUGAUGUCCUGUGUCCCUUCCUGUGAAACCCCCAGAGCAUCCUCCCCCCCACAAGUGCCCUGGGGACAUCAACCUUGGGCAGAUCCAUCUGCACAAUCCCUGCUCCAGGGUCUCCAUCCCACUGGGAAGCUGUGGUGGGAAUGCUAAAGGACACCCUGUGCAGAAGGGGACCUCGUGGUCCCUUCUGGCUUUGGAGCACUGUGUUUCUGGCUGUGCUGGAAUUUGCUGGGAGCUGAGAAACCAUUUCCACCUCCAGGAUGUGCUGGGAGGGGGGGGUCCUGCAGCCAUUUGCAGGGGGGAACAGAUCCUGGAGGGGGGAUGAGUCUUAAACUCUGCCUGGAGCCUGCAAGUGCGGCUGAGGGUGGUUAGGAUGGUCACUUAGGGACUGCACAAGGACAAAAGCAGUGUCCCUGGGCAGAACCUGGAGGCUGACACCUCUGUUUUAGGGUGAAUAGCAGCAUAUGAGGUGCAUGCCCCCAAACUCCCUCUAAAGGGCCAGGGCACAGCAGGAUUUCUCUGCAAGAGCCUCACCAGCUUUGUGGGGUGUGUAACCUAAGGUACAGCACUGCCUCUGCCUUUGGGGUGUGUGUCUGGUGGGCAAAGCAGGUCCCCAAAAACUCUUGUGAACCAAGCUGCCAUCUUGGGGCUUCCCAAGCAUCCCACCCUAUUGAAGUCAUAUUGACUCCUGGGCUAGAGCUCCUAGCUGCUAAAUAUUGUAAAUAGUCAUUUGUAGGAUGCUGGACCUUGUUGAUGACUUUUUUCCUGUUUUAAUUUGUUUCCAUAUUUAAAUGCAGUGUUAAUAACAAUGUGCUGUAAUUUAUAAAUGUUGAUGCUGGGGGGAAAGGAAAAAAA